AUGGCAUACGGUGAUUUAUCUGAGAGACGUCUUCAUCCCGAUACUCGCGACAAUUCUAUAUUAUUCAUGCAAUGUACACACCGUUCAGAGGUGGCUUGGAUGGAGGACCCGAAUUAUAAGUCUCUGAAUAUCAGAAGUGGACGGCUAGCAGGUUGGAUGUUUUUCCAGAGCCCAUUGUACCUUAUUUAUGUUGUGUUUGUUUUCUUGGUGUUACUCAGAUGGCCCGUAUGGAGUUCAUUAGUCACAGCUCCAGUUGAGCGAUGGAGACCGGAAACUCAAACAUUUUAUAUGCUUCCGAGAGAGGUUACUGUAACACUCGAGGAUGUUGCAAUGAUCACCAGUCUUCCUACGGAUGGUGAACCUGUUACUGGCAUGUCCAAAACACAAGAUUUCAUACGUUUGGUUUCUCAACUUCUUAGGAGGACCCCGAGUUCAUCUGAUCUAAGGGGUGGUACUCUUAAGACUUCAUGGUUGGAUCGACUUUUUACAAACGUCGAGGAUUGGAUGCAGGAUGAAGAGGAUCUUAUCUGCUUCGUGUGA